AUGGCUUCUGUCGAGAAACAUAACCACAUCGCCCGAGAGGGUUCAGAAACCGGAGACUCAGACACACCCGGCUUCCGUCCCAAAGGAUGGAUGUACAAAACCGUCCGCCUGGGUCGUCUCGAGCUUUGGUAUGCCUCGCCCAAGGUCCAAUUGUUCAUGGUCUCCAUCGUCUGCUUCUUGUGUCCCGGCAUGUUCAACGCCCUCACUGGCCUCGGUGGUGGUGGCCAGGUCUCCAAUGAGGCUCAGGAUCACGCAAACACCGCCCUCUACAGCACCUUUGCCGUCGUUGGUUUCUUCGCUGGAACUUUUGCCAAUCGUUUGGGCCUUCGCCUGACUUUGUCUAUUGGAGGACUGGGAUAUUGUGUUUAUGCGGCUUCGUUCCUGUGCUACUCACAUACUCAGAACAUGCCCUUUGUUGUCUUCGCAGGUGCGCUUCUUGGUGUUUGCGCCGGACUUCUGUGGGCUGCUCAGGGCUCUAUCAUGAUGUCGUAUCCUCCUGAGCAAAGUAAAGGACGAUAUAUCUCUUGGUUCUGGGUCAUUUUCAACAUGGGUGCCGUUAUCGGUUCUCUUAUCCCCCUUGCCCAAAAUGUCAACAAGAAAGCAGGCCCUGUCUCCGAUGGAACUUACGCUGCUUUCAUCGCUCUCAUGGCCAUCGGUGCCGUCCUCGCCCUGUUCAUCUGCGACGCCGACAAGAUCGUUCGCGAGGACAACACCAAAGUCAUCGUCAUGAAGAACCCCUCAUGGAGCACUGAGAUCAAGGGUCUUUGGGAGACACUUUACAGCGCCCCCUGGGUCGUCCUCCUCUUUCCCAUGUUCUUCUCUUCAAACAUCUUCUACACCUACCAAAACGUCGAUAUGAACCUCGCCCAGUUCAACGUCCGCACUCGUGCCCUCAACAACUUGCUCUACUGGCUUGCGCAGAUCUUCGGCGCCCUCAUGAUCGGUUACGCCCUCGAUAUUUCCAGCGUUCGCCGCAGUGUGCGUGCCAAGAUCUCGCUUGUCGUUCUUUUCCUUUUGACUUUUGCCAUCUGGGGCGGUGGCUACGCUUGGCAAAAGGAUCAGCGACCCCGUGAGAUUGCCAUGGACCCUGCCAACGAGAACGAUAAGGUUGACUGGGACGAUGGCAGCAUCAAGUUCCUUGCCCCCAUGUUCCUCUACUUCUUCUACGGCUUCUUUGACGCUGCUUGGCAAACCUGCAUCUACUGGUACAUGGGUGCUCUCUCCAACUCUGGCCGCAAGACGGCCAACUUCGCUGGUUUUUACAAGGGUAUUCAAUCCGCCGGCGCUGCCAUCUUCUGGCGCAUGGAUGGUCUUGGCAAGCCUUUCGACACCAUCUUCGCCGCCACAUGGGCUUGUCUCGGUGUCUCGCUGGUCAUCGCCGCGCCCGUCAUCUUCACCAAGAUCCAGGAUACCGUCCCCGUUGAGGAGGAUCUAAAGUUCAGUGACGAGAAGCUUGAGGAUGUCGUUGUCGUGCCUACGGAUAAGAAGACUACGGAGGUCGAAGCUUAG